AUGUCGUCCGUGACUGAGAGACUCAGAACUAAUAGAAGCACUGAGCCCAGCCUGGUAGAUCCCUGCAGUAACAGAAGCACUGAGCCCAGCCUGGUAGAUCCCUCCAGUAAUAGAAGCACUGAGCCCAGCCUGGCAGAUCCCUCCAGUAAGAGAAGCACUGAGCCCAGCCUGGUAGAUCCCUCCAGUAACAAAAGCACGGAGCCCAGCCUGGUUGAUCCCCCAAGUAACAGAAGCACUGAGCCCAGCCUGGUAGAUCCCUCCAGUAAGAGAAGCACUGAGCCCAGCCUGGUAGAUCCCUCCAGUAACAGAAGCACUGAGCCCAGCCUGGUAGAUCCCUCCAGUAACAGAAGCACUGAGCCCAGCCUGGUAGAUACCUCCAGUAACAGAAGCACUGAGCCCAGCCUGGUAGAUCCCUCCAGUAACAGAAGCACUGAGCCCAGCCUGGUUGAUCCCUCCAGUAAUAGAAGCACUGAGCCCAGCCUGGUAGAUCCCUCCAGUAACAGAAGCACUGAGCCCAGCCUGGUAGAUCCCUCCAGUAACAGAAGCAUUGAGCCCAGCCUGGUAGAUCCCUCCAGUAACAGAAGCACUGAGCCCAGCCUGGUUCAUCCCUCCAGUAAUAGAAGCACUGAGCCCAGCCUGGUAGAUCCCUGCAGUAACAGAAGCACUGAGCCCAGCCUGGUAGAUCCCUCCAGUAAUAGAAGCACUGAGCCCAGCCUGGCAGAUCCCUCCAGUAAGAGAAGCACUGAGCCCAGCCUGGUAGAUCCCUCCAGUAACAAAAGCACGGAGCCCAGCCUGGUUGAUCCCCCAAGUAACAGAAGCACUGAGCCCAGCCUGGUAGAUCCCUCCAUAAUAGAAGCACUGAGCCCAGCCUGGCAGAUCCCUCCAGUAACAAAAGCACGGAGCCCAGCCUGGUUGAUCCCUCCAGUAACAGAAGCACUGAGCCCAGCCUGGUUGAUCCCUCCAAUAACAGAAGCUCUGAGCCCAGGCUGUUAG